AUGUCACAAACCGAAUGUUUAAACCAGGCACAUGCUGAAAAUAUACUGUUCAAUUUCUAUUUCUCAUCAUCUGUAUUUUUGAGUGCGCAGAGCAGCAGAAUGAGGGUGAUCAUUGCCACAAGAGCACAUGAAAUUGGUGUGGAGGUGGGCGUCCAAGAGCCCGUCCUGGAAAUCAAAUGCAAAAUAGAACGCCUCCUGGGUAUCCCAGUGGCUUCCCAAACACUGGCAGUUUUUGGGUGGGAAUUAGUUGAUGGACUCGACAUGGACGAUUACCCAAUUGUUACCGAAGGCACCCGAAUCGAUCUCAGAAUCCUACAUUUGGAGCCUCCUCCAGUGCAUUCCAACAAAAUUCAAGUAAUUGUCAAGUUCUCCACAAAAAAGAUCAGUGUAGAGGUGGACUCAACCGACACUGUUCGAAGCUUAAAAGAGAAAAUCCAUGUAAUCAACAGCACCCCAAUCAAAAGAAUGAUGCUCUAUUUUUCUGGGAUUGAGAUGUCCGAAGACUUCCGCAACCUAAUUGAAUAUGGAAUAUCUCAGUUUUCAGAGAUUGUUGUGUUCCUCAAGACAAUGAGUCAUCUUAGUGAUAACCCGCCGAGGCGAAGGCUCGAUCUGGUCGUGCAGACUUCUUCCUCUUUGCUGAAUGCAGCAACAAUUCCUCUGGAGAUGGAGGACUGCAGCACCAUUUGUGAGUUGAGGCAGCUACUGCUGAGCAACAAAAUUCUCCCACUGGAUGAUUACCUCUUCAUUCACAAACAAAGGAUAAUGCGCGACAAGUGCAGCCUCCAUUGGCAUGGCGUUGAAAAUGGGGACCGUCUCUAUGUAUUUAAAGGGACAGUCAGCCAAGGUGAAUACUGAGAUGCUCAGGUAAAUCUGGUAGGGUCCAUCUAUGAAAAUUAUUGAAAUGCCACGGAUGAUGAAAAUAAAAAAGGGAGAAACAUUGCAACUCCAAUAUCUGUCGAUGUUUUGGAUUCCACGUAUGCCUAUAAUUUUCUAAAUAAUGCAAUAAGGGUACUGUAAACCUGUCACCCAGGUGCAAACUGCAGUAAAUAAAAGCAACUCUGUACUCACAACAAAUACUACACAUUCCAAAUCAUAUAAAAUUCUAAAGGUUCAAAGUAUUGAAGCUUCAUGCCAUGGUUUGAUGCCCCAUUUUCAGACUACACACAUUUGAUCAUCACAUAACAAAUGACAUUCGAAGCCCACCUCCUCCCGGAGAAGAACAUGCCUCCUCAGCUUUUAGCACCUAUGCCUCAUCCAACUGGUCCUGCAU